UAGAACCCGCCCAACUCAUUUGAACGGACUCAAAAAGUGCCAGCGGUACACCAUUUCUUUCCAUUCGAAAAACUCAAAACUGAGACUGACAACGCAAUGGCUAAACGACUGCAUCAUGGCAAAUGCAAUGUGCCUGGGUGUUCAAACGAAGACAAGAGCCUGUUCUCACUCCCUUCUUCUCAGCCUUUGAAAACGCAGUGGCUUAAUUUUAUUUGCUCGAGAGGUGUGACGUCAAAGCUUAUACCCAAGAAUGUCAAUCUUUGCGCAAAACAUUUCUCGGAGGACUGUUUUCACAAUUUGGGACAAUAUAGAGCUGGUUUCGCCCAAAACCUGAAGCUGAAGUCUGGAUCGAUACCUACUCUUGAUGGUCUAUCAGCUAAUGAACAAGCCAGCUCAUCAAGUGUUUUCGCUCAGACAUCUCAGACCAGGGAUUCCGCCUGCCAGACUGACCCUAUUCGACUUGUUUUCACUGGUGGAGCAGCCACGGGCUGCUCUGGAGGACCAAAAGCUAUCCAGGGAAGCUUCUGUAUGCGUGACUGGGAGGAUGGGACAUCAUCAUCAUCCCACGCGGACCCUUCGUUUCUGUCGUCAACAGCUGUGCAGAGACCGGCAAAAAGACCUCGACUAGAGCUGGAGGAAGAGCUGGAUGGUCCAUUUGAGGGUACAAGCUCUGAGCUGACAGCGAGUGUUUCAAUGGAACAGGAUUCCACACGUGAGCCUGCCAACUAUACACCAACUACUCCGGAGUCUACAGCACGGGCGGAAGUUCCAGGCUCUUCCAGCCACCGGGAAAACAAGUUCAUAGUGUACGAGAGCUGCAUCAUGGAGUUGUUCCAGAAAUGUCCACUCUGCACACGGCCAUGUGAUGUCAGGAGCCAGCGGCUGGGGACGUUCUUAUCUGUCAAUCAGCAGUGCUCACAUUGUUCACACACGAGACGGUGGAAUAGCCAGCCUAUCCUUGGGAGCACACCUGCCGGCAAUCUACAGCUUUCUGCUGCCAUGUACCUAAGUGGAGCAUCCUUCAUUCUAAUCGAAAAGGUCUUCAAAGCAUUGAAGCUGCCGCUGUUUGGCUAUGAAACAUUUCGCCGUCUUGCCAGGGCGUUCAUCGAACCGGCAAUUCUUCACCACUGGAAAGUGACGCAGGACAUCACUCUACAGCGGCUUACCCAGGAGGGCAAAGUCAUCCUCGGCGGUGACAUGAGGGCAGACUCUCCAGUUCCCUCUGCAAAGUAUGGGAGUUACGCUAUGAUGGAUCUACGCACUAACACCAUUGUGGACAUUCAGUUGGUUCAAAGCAAUGAGGUUGGUCGAAGCAAUUGCAUGGAGAAGGAGGGCCUGAGUAGGAGUCUGACAUUUCUGGAGGCGCGUGGAAUUAACAUCGACAGCAUUGUCACAGGUCGUCAUCCACAAGUACAGGAGUUCCUGAGGGAGAGAAACGUUAACCAUUACUUUGAUGUCAGGCACUUUACAAAAGAUUUCUCCAAGAAGCUGGAAGCCAUUAGUAAGCAGAGAGACUGUGGAAAGUUGAAGAAAUGGAUGAAGUGCUUGAACAACCACGUUCACUUCACUGCCUCUGGCUCCACCUCGGGGGCAGAGAGAGCUGCUAAGUGGACCGCAAUGCUGAACCAUGUCCAAGACAUCCACACCCACGAGGAUCCACUUUAUCCUGCGUGUGAGCAUGCAGUCCGCAAGACAAGAGAUCCCGCGAAGUGGCUCCAACCAGAAACUCCAGUCUUUGAAAAGUUGAAGAUGGCAAUGACCAAAACAAGAACACUGAAUGACGUGGCAAAGCUCAGCCCCCAGCCCCAAACCUCGACGUUGGAGGCUUUCCAUUCUGUCAUCCCCCGAUUUGCCCCGAAGAAUGUUGUCUUUCCCUAUGUUGGGAUGCUGUGCAGGCUAUACUUGGCGGCUAUCCACUUUAAUGAAAACGCGAACCGACCGCAGGCCCAGACAGCAGACGGUGUACCUCUCUUCAAAAUCUCCCUCCCCAAGUCCAAGAAAGGAGAGUGCAGAGUCAAAUGUCAGAAGAUUCGGCUAACCUUUGGCUAUUUGGAUGUCCUGAUGGACCUAAUUUUUGACAAGGUCUUUGUGAACCCUGCGCCGUACACCGAUGCAAUGCUGGCCAUCCGUGUCCCAGAAGACCUGUCGGCGCAGUUCAACAAGCCAGACAAGGAGGAGGUCAUUGCCAGCUUCGUGUCAAGGUUCACACGAGAGGCAGUCUAAACCCGGUGUAGUGUCCUUCGUCAUCUGGGUACUAUGCAUGGAUACGGAGGACCACACAAGCAAGAAUAAGGACUCUGAUUCUGUGACCCAAAAGGCCCCAGCACCACGACUCAAAUUUCCUGUAGGCCAAAUUCAUGAAGUGAGAAGUCUGCACACUUAAAAUCCCUUUUGUUGUAUUUUAUUAUUUCAUGGCAGGAUUACGUUUCGACCUCAACAGUCUUCAUCAAAUUCUCCGAAACGUAAUCCUGCCAUGAAAUAAUGAAAUACAACAAAAGGGAUUUUAAGUGUGCGGAAAACUACAGUUGGCCUCCGCCCUGCACCUUUUCCUGGCAUGUGCACAAUCUUCUCCUUCAACCAAAUUCAUGAAGUGCCUGGAAGAAAAGAUAGAAAAAUGACACUUGCAGAAAAUGUUGUUGUUCUUUUUUUUUGCUAUGCCUAUGUUGUACAUAUUUCCACAUUCCUAUGUUUCGAUGCAUUAUUCUUGAUUGUGUUAUCUUGUAAAUAAAUCAA